AUGGAGCAGUUCGCCCCGUCUCUGGAUGUUGCAGGAUAUAUCUUCAAGGGCAAGGACAAGGAACAGGACGAGCCGCCUCCGCCAGCAGACCUCAGUGCCAAGAGAUUGCAGGAUCUUCUCCAGAGGCGCACCCACAAGCAGAAGCAUAUUGAGAAGUCCGAGGAGAGGGUCAAGGAGGCGCGAGAGGCGCUGGAGGCGCAACGACACUUCGAUGCGGAGCUCGCGCUGUCCAAGGUUCAUCAGGACACCCUCGGCCAAAUUGAGUUCUACAUAAAGGAAGCCCAGUCAAAGCCGGUCCUCCUUGAGCCGCCCACUGGUCCCGAAAAAGUCGAUCCAGCCCGCGAGCUCGAGAUGCCCGAGGUCAUGGACAAGGCGGUGCGGGAGUACGCGGGGCGCUGUGGGCUGGAUGCCGCAGGGCUAUGGCAGGCGGCCUCUGGCAAGAAGGAAGAGCUCCAGAAGCAGUUGCCGAAGCCGUUCGCGGCCUGCGCUGCUUUCCCGCCUGUCUCAGAGGACAUGCAGAAGUGGGCGGUCAAGGCCAAGGCUGAUGUGGUCUACUCAGGGGAACUCACCUCCGGAGCGCGGGAAGUGGAUUUCUUUGCGCGCAGCAGGGUCCUCACGCCGUUCGUCAGCGCCAUCAAGGGCUUCGCUGGAGCGCCAGCGCGUUCCCACCUCCCCGUGGGCCUUCUGCUCAAAAAGGUCUCUCAGUGGAGGGGCGUGAUCCACCGCGAUAUCAAGCCGGAGAAUGUACUCGUCGUCAGGUCGAGCCCGCACCCCGAGAGCGGCAGCAGCCUCUUGGACGUCAAGAUCGCAGACUUCGGCCUCUCGAAGGUCGUCAGGGACGGGGUCUCCCUCGCCAAGACCUUCGUGGGCACGCCGCAGUACUGGGCCCCCGAGGUCCUGGACGUCCAGGAGCGCGGCGGCACCUACGGCCCGGCCGCCGACCUCUGGGGCCUGGGCGUGGUGCUCUUCGUCAUGCUCUGCGGGCGGUACCCCUUCGACGGCCACGACAAGCCGAUGCAGGACCAGAUCCGGGCGGCCUCCUUCAACACGAAGACCUCCAGGUGGCGCUCCAUCUCCGCCGAGGCCAAGGACCUGGUCCGCGGGGUGCUGAGGGUGAGCCCCUCGGAGCGGCUCCGGCUGGAGGGCUGCUUCUGCCACCCGUGGAACUACUGCCCGCACACUCGCCCCUGGUCCGCUGCCGCAGGGGCCAGAGGCCGCUGCCGCGGCCCCAGCGACGCCGGAGGGCCGGGAGCCCCCGCGGCAGCGAGGCGCGGACGGCGGGCACCCCGGCCCGGUCGCGGAGGAGCGCGCGAUGGUGCUCGCCCCUGGCACGCCCCGCGGCCGUGCCCGCCCCAACGGCGCGGCGGACGCGCCGGCGCCCGACGCGCCGCGGGCGGCGAGCCCGCCACGCCGCGCGCCCGCGGCGGCGGGGCCGGGCGGGGCCGCGGAGGCCGCGGGCGCGGGCGCCGCGGAGGCGGCGGGCGCGCCGCGGGGGCGGGCUUCGGGCGGCCUCUGGCGCGGGCGUGCGCCACGGGCAGGGCUGGCGCUGCUGCUGCUGCCCGCCCUGCUGGCGGUCGGCGGGAGGGGGGGCGCGGCAGCGGCGGCGGCGACGGGGGCUGCGGCGGCGGAGGCGGACGCGGAG